AUGGCUGUUGAAAAACUGUAUUUACACUUAUUUCUAUGUCCUUCUCAAAGAUCCAAAUAUGGAUUUCCUUUCCUUCUUUCCUCUCCUGACUGGCUGAAGGACUGUGGCCUGGCUCAUUUCAAACCGAACACUGUGGAGCGUAUCGUGUCAGGCAACGAAGCAAGACCCCACUCCUGGCCGUGGCAGGUCUCACUGCAGGUUCGUCCUAGAGGCAGUAAACAUUAUGUUCAUGUGUGUGGAGGGACUCUGAUCCAUAAGAACUGGGUUCUUACUGCUGCUCACUGCUUUCAGAAGGGAAAAGCAGAGGAUGCAAGUAGCUGGCGUAUCGUUUUGGGUAAGCAUCAACUGAAAAGAGCAGAGUCCGCUGAGCGUAUUUUCCUAGUGAAGAGGAUCUACAGGCAUGAGCACUUCCGUUAUCCAGCCCACAGUGAGCUGGACUAUGACAUCGCAUUGGUUAAAGCUGCCACGGACAUUCAGACCAGUAACUUCAUCCGCUAUGCCUGCCUGCCGCGCAAGCAGAUCAACCUUAAACCAGGGCACUACUGUUGGGUGACUGGCUGGGGGGACACACGAGGUGGGAAAGAAAAUGUGUCACUUGCUGAGGCUCUGAACCAAGCUCAGCUCCCAGUCAUUGACUAUAAGACCUGUCGGCAGAAGAAGUUCUGGGUUGACCGUGUGAGAGACUCCAUGAUUUGUGCUGGGUUCCGAGAUACAGAGGGGACCCCAGCUGCAUGCCAGGGUGACUCUGGUGGCCCUCUGCUGUGCCAGGUAGGGCGUGACCACUGGGAGGUCCACGGCAUUGUGAGCUUUGGUCCUAUCGGAUGCAUGGUGGAGAACAAGCCCAGUGUCUUCACUCGCACCACAGCCUACAUCCCAUGGAUAGAGGCCACACGCAUCAGGGACUUCUUCUUGCACUAAAUUCCAACCUCAAAGAAUUCCUUGCCCAUAUGUGUAGGCAAAGGAAGAGUCGUAAUAGCAACAGAUUUAGUGCCAUGUCCCAGGUCUGGGUCUGGCCCAUGAAACUGCUCAUCCAUUUGUGGUCUGUGCGCUGGGAGCUGGUGUACAGCAUCACAAACACCAGCCACCAGGUUAGGGUAGUUUGCAUCGGCUUGUGGAUUGUUUCACCGCUAUGCAUGUGAGAUGGGCUUCGCUGUAGUACACCAACUGCAAAGUUUUAACUGCUUUCAGCUAAAUCACAUUCGGCAAGCCAAGAAACAUCUGUAAAAUAAGUCCUGGCUAUUCAGCAUUGCAUUACACUCAUUAGUUCAGUUGGCCUUGUUUUUUUUCUGUAAGGACUGGCACAUACAUUUGCCCUAUCACAGGCAGUCCAACGUUCAGUUCUUAAGGUGCUCUGACGGUCAGCAU